AUGCCCUUGCAAGAAGCUACUGAUGAGCGCAAAACACGGAUUAGGUCCAUGGUAAAAUCUUUGAAAGACAAAUUACUGGAAAAACAAAAGGAGGUCGAGCAAUUCAACCAAAAGAGCAUCGCAUUUCAAUCGAAAGUAACCGAGGUAAAAAGCCAAGUGCAAUCUUUAGUAGACCAAAUUAUUGCAAUCAUCGAAGCGAGGAAACAAGAUGUUUUUGAUGCAGUGGAUAGUCAAGCGAAAAAAUUACUGGAAUCUCUUUCACUGAAAAAAGACGAAGUGGAAAAACAAUUAAAAAUAAUUGAAUCCGCAAUUGAACAAACUGAAACUCUGUUGAAACGAAGAUUUUGCACUGAAAUCCUUGGAUUCAGUGAAACAUUUGAUACAAUCCUGCAGGAAGAGAGCACCCAAGAAAACCGUGAGACUGAAUGUAUUCCUCGGUUUAGUUUUACUAAAAGUGAAAAACUGAUUAACCUGUUAAGCAUGAGCGAGGGCAUAGGUAAAGUAGAAUUUGUUUUUAGCGAAACUAAAGUGCAUCAAUCAGGAGCUAAAGGUAAAGAAAGUAGUAAAGUAGUUGCUGGGAAUGAAGGGGCAAAUGUUCAUGACAGUCCUCUUGAGACUCAGGUACAAACCAGGCACUUCUUCAGAUCUGUGCUGUCAUUUGGAGAAAAAGGUGAGUCUGUUGGAAUGCUUCACUGGCCUUGUGGUGUGGCAGUGAAUGAUCAUGAUGAAAUUGCUGUGACUGAGUUCGGUAACCACAGGGUUUCAGUGUUUAGCAGUGACGGCACCCACUUAAGAUCGUUUGGUAGAUACGGUAACAAUAAUGGUGAAUUCUAUUGCCCUACAGGGAUCGCUUUUGAUAGUCUUGGCAAUAUUCUAGCGGCAGACAGAGGAAACCACAGAGUGCAAGUCUUUGAUAGGAAUGGUAACUUUCUUAGUAAGUUUGGUGAAUAUGAAAGUCGUGAUAAUCAGCUUACAUACCCUGAAGGUUUAUCAAUAAACGGCAACGGUGAUAUUAUUGUUGUUGAUCAGGGUAAGCAAUUAAUCAAGAUAUUCUCUUCUAGUGGGGAGUAUUUAUGUAAAUUUGGUGGAGCAGGUUCUUUGGUCGAACCUUGUCACUGUAUCCAACAUGGUCAAUAUUUUAUAGUCUCAGAUUAUCAUGAUCGUUCCAUUAAAAUGUUCAAUCUUGAGGGAAAGUUUAUUUCUAAAUUUGGAAAACAGGGACACAAGGAUGGAGAGUUCAAUAAGCCCCGUUACUUGUCAGUUAACAAAGAAGGAUUGUUAAUAGUCUGUGAUGCAGGAAAUGCCAGAGUUCAGUUAUUCGAACUGAGUGGAAAGUUUGUUACAGAGUUUGGAAGUAAAGGUAGUGGGAGAGGAAAGUUAAGGUUUCCAGUGUCUACAGCAAAUCUUAGCGAUCGAAGGAUAGUUGUGUGUGAAAUGGAUAACAACCGAAUCCAAGUGUUUGACAAGAUAUAA